AUGGCCAUUACAGACUUCCUCGCCGCUUCCGAUAUUUCCUCCGCUAUCAACGCUUGUAAAGCAAAAGAUUCUUUCAGCCCAAAGAUCUUCUUUGCCACAGUGGGCUUGUCUAAGAAGUCACCUAAAGAAAUAGAGAAGGUUUUCAAAAUGCUGGACCAGGACAAGAGUGGAUACAUUGAGCAAGAUGAACUACAAUUAUUUCUUCAGAAUUUCUCUAAAGGGGCACGCGUUCUCACAGCGGCUGAGACGAGAACUUUCCUCUUGGCCGGAGAUAUGGAUGGAGAUGGCAAAAUUGGCUGGGAAGAAUUCUCUGCUCUUGUCAGUACUUCCUGA